AGACCUAUUUCUAAGAGAGGUUUUUUCUCUUCAUUCCAGGACCUAACCGGAGCUGUCACGGAAAGGAAUUGGAUACCACCCGUUGGCAGUUCAGAAACAACCGGCGUCGCUGGAGAAAACUAAUUCACCGGGUCUAAAAUUCCUUUGCAAUAAGAGCAAACAGUGGACAUGUCCGGUGGGAUCUAAUAACAACGCAGGAAUGCGACCACGUUGAUUUCGUUGCGCUGUCUGAAAUGCCUCUCGGUCACCUUCGGAAUUAACGGACGACUUGCGCGUGUACCUCUGACGGAUAGGCUUCUAAGCCGCCUCAUUAUAAACACGGUGAUCUACAGUAUUAAAACUGACAUCACAAGCAAGAACAACUGCUCCCUCUUUGAAUCUACAAGCAGAACACAUCAAUGAAGAAUGCGGGAGCGUUUCGGAGUGCUGUCCACCCGGAGUUAAUGAAGUCGGCGACGAUAUCAUGCGUCUUCUGCCCGACCCCAGCGUGCAGUCAUUGCGGCUCAUAUUCCUACUGAUAUUCGUAAUGGGGGUAGCACCGUCCCCGGCCCUGACCGCCGGGUGCCCUGACCGCUGCGUGUGCGACGACCAGCUUGUGGUCCAGUGCGCCGGGCAGGAACUAACGCAGUUCCCCUCAGAUCUCCCGCUCGCUACCCGACAACUUAUUAUCUCCAAUAACAAAAUCGGGGACCUCCCGGCUCUGCAGCUCAACUACCUGUCCGACCUCGUGUACCUGGACUGCAGCAACAACUCCCUCACCGAGAUAUCGGAAUCUACGUUUGGCAACCUGCGCAAACUUGCCUAUCUGGACCUGUCCUUCAACACUUUGACUCAGAUCGAGGACCGGACGUUCGGGCCUUUGGCCAGUCUCGUCAUGCUCAGAAUGACGGACAACCCAGGACUCUCAGAGAUCCAUCCGGAUGCUUUCGCUGAAAACUCUGCUUUGCAAGUGCUGGAUGUCAGCCGCAACAACCUGACCGCACUGAACAUUAGUUCGCUUAUCGCAUUGCCUGCCCUCCGCUCCCUUGGCCUGAGCGGGAACCCCUGGCGCUGCGACUGCGACACAGAGGACCUCUGUCUCUGGAUCCAGAUCGAGGGAUUCAAGUUUCAAGAUGAGGGCCAGACGGUGUGCCAGGGCCCCGCGGACAUGAUCGGGCAGCGGCUGGCUGAGGUGGGCAUGCAGCUGCGGGCCGACUGCCACCAGGGCCUGGGCUACUGGGACUACCUGUUCUUCAUCGCCAUCGGCUUCGUCAUCUUCUCGGCGGGCACGGUGUCGGCGUGGGUGAUGGGCGUGCUGAUGGUGCUCUACGAGCGCUACAGCAAGCGCAAGAGCGAGGAGCUGGACAGCGACGACGAGGAGGAAGGAGGCGGCCGAGGCGGCGGUGGAGGCGGAGGCGGCGUGGGCAGUAACCACGGCAACGGCGACCUCAGCAAACCCGGCAUGCAGGUGUGA